AUGUCACGACCGAAGAAUCAAAAUUACAAGGGCCAUGGAUUGCCAAAAGGAAAAGAACGAGAGCAGAGAGCCUCAAUCCGGUUCAAGACCACUCUUAUGAAUACUCUCAUGGACGUCCUUCGCCACAGGCCGGGAUGGGUGGAAGUAAAGGACGAAGGGGAGUGGGAUUUCUACUGGUGUGAUGUCAGCUGGCUUCGGGAGAACUUUGACCACACCUACAUGGGCGAGCACGUGCGGAUCAGUCACUUCCGAAACCACUACGAGCUCACUCGCAAGAACUACAUGGUGAAGAACCUGAAGCGAUUCCGGAAACAAAUGGAGCGUGAGGCAGGAAAGCUGGAGGCAGCCAAGUGUGACUUCUUCCCCAAAACCUUUGAGAUGCCUUGCGAGUAUCACCUAUUUGUGGAGGAGUUUCGUAAAAACCCGGGCAUCACCUGGAUCAUGAAACCUGUAGCCCGGUCACAGGGGAAGGGCAUCUUCCUCUUCCGGAGACUGAAGGACAUCAUGGACUGGAAGAAGGACACAAGAAGUUCUGAUGACCAGAAAGAUGAAAUUCCCGUGGAGAACUAUGUAGCUCAGCGUUACAUCGAAAAUCCCUACUUGAUAGGAGGCCGCAAGUUUGACCUGCGUGUCUACGUGCUGGUGAUGUCAUACAUCCCGCUGCGGGCCUGGCUGUACCGGGAUGGCUUCGCCCGAUUCUCCAACACCCGCUUCACACUGAACAGCAUUGAUGACCAGUACGUUCACCUCACCAAUGUCGCUGUGCAAAAGACAUCUCCCGACUACCACCCGAAGAAGGGCUGCAAGUGGAUGCUGCAGCGCUUCCGGCAGUACCUGGCGUCCAAGCACGGGCCUGAGGCAGUAGAGACGCUUUUCAGCGACAUGGACAACAUCUUCAUCAGAAGCCUGCAGAGCGUGCAGAAGGUGAUCAUCAGCGACAAGCACUGCUUUGAGCUGUACGGCUAUGACAUCCUCAUAGACCAGGACCUCAAGCCGUGGCUCCUGGAGGUCAAUGCGUCCCCAUCACUGACAGCCAGCAGCCAGGAGGACUAUGAGCUCAAGACCUGCCUCCUGGAAGACACCCUGCACGUUGUGGACAUGGAGGCCAGGCUCACAGGAAGGGAGAAGCGAGUAGGAGGCUUUGACCUCAUGUGGAACGAUGGCCCUGUCAGCAGAGAAGAGGGGGGUCCUGACCUGUCGGGGAUGGGGACCUUUGUAACCAACACACAUCUCGGCUGCGUCAAUGAUCGGAAGAAACAGCUGAGGCAGCUGUUCCGCUCCCUUCAAGGGCAGAAGAAAACUCCCAACUAA